AUGGACACGUCUGCGCACCUCAACGGCCACCGCCAGCAUGUGUCUGCGGCGCUGACUCCAAAUCAUGAUCAACACUACCUCUCUUCGUCCAGUACUUGUCGGGACGACACUGCGACGGACCAUUCCGCACAAUCAUUGACAGCCCUCUCGCCCGGCCUUCCUCCUGCCCAACAACCCUCCCGAGACAGCUGCGAUCGGUUGAGGCCCCAAGAAGAGGACAAUACUCGCCUCAAGAAGAUGGCGUCUGAACUCGUCGUCAAGACGGUCAGCCCGUUCCUCAAGGAACACAUCCCUGGACUCUACGCGCCGGUUGGAAAAGACAGCACCAAGACUGGCGCAAAAGGCCCGGCAACGUGGACUCGCGUCAAGGAUCCCAAUACCAGAUUCUGUUACCGCCAUCGUCCCGACUCAAAGUGUCGCCGGGCAGCGGACGAGACCAAGAUGGGCUUCAUCCAAUCUGAACUCAACAGCCUUCCCACCGCCGACCAGGAAGCCAUUACACAUGUUUGGUCGCUCUUCUCCGCGGCGCCGUCGAAACAGCGAGAGCUGAUGUUGCAGGGGAUCAUCACGCAAUGUUGCUUCCCCCAGCUGUCCACGGUUUCCCGCGAAGUUCAUGAACAACUCAAGAUCGACUUUCUCGCCGCCCUACCGACGGAAUUAUCGUACAAGAUCCUGAGUCACCUUGAUACCGUGUCGCUGUGCAAAGCUGCCCAGGUCAGUCGACGAUGGCGCAGCUUGGCAGAUGAUGACGUUGUGUGGCACAGGAUGUGCGAGCAACACAUUGAUAGAAAAUGCACCAAAUGCGGCUGGGGUCUGCCGCUCCUCGAAAAGAAAAAGCUCAUGGCGUGGAGCCGACAUCAAUCUGCCCACCGCCGUCACGACCAAGCAGAGCGCGCGGAGCCCUCCAUUGAGACAAACGGCCACGCUGCAGGCUCUCCCGAAUCGAACAAGCGACGCAACCCCAGCGCUGACGACGGGCCAUCCAAAAGACCGCGGCUUGACGGUCCCAGCAAUUCCCGGUCUCAUCUCGACAGCGAGCGCAAGUUCCGCCCGUGGAAGGAUGUGUACCGUGAUCGUUUCAAGGUUGGAUUCAACUGGAAGACUGGCCGAUGUACCAUUAAGACGUUCAGGGGACACGAGAACGGAAUCACCUGCCUUCAAUUUGACCACAACGUCUUGGCGACGGGCUCCUACGACACUACCAUCAAGGUUUGGAACAUUGAGACUGGUGAAGUCAUUCGGACGCUUCGUGGUCACAACUCGACCGUUCGCUGUCUGCAGUUUGACGAUUCCAAGCUGAUUAGCGGAAGCUUUGACAAGACCAUCAAGAUAUGGAACUGGCAGACUGGAGAGUGUCUCAGCACUUUACAAUGUCACACCGAGGGCGUCCUGUCUGUCCACUUUGACGGAUGCACGCUCGCCUCUGGAUCGAUCGACAGGACGGUCAAGAUUUUCAGCUUUGGCAACAAGGAGACCUUCUCGCUGCGUGGCCACACAGACUGGGUCAACCACGUCCGAAUUGACUCGCCGUCGAGGACCGUGUUUUCCGCGUCCGACGACAUGACCGUCAAGCUGUGGGAUCUGGAUUCGAAGCAGUGCAUCAAGACCCUCCGCGGCCACGUCGGCCAAGUGCAGCAGGUGCUCCUGAUGCCACCGGACUUUGAGCCGGACGGAGUCCCCGGCGACGACAAGGCCGACGCCACCUCGGUACACAGCGACGGCAGCGCGACGCCGACACCGACCCCAGAGCAGCCAGUCGACGCGAGAGCAUCUUUUGGUUGUAGCUUCACGCACGACGCGUCAAGACCUCUGCCGCCGCGAUACAUGCUGACGGGUGGUCUGGACAAUACGGUCCGACUCUGGGACACAGUCACGGGCAAAUGCAUCAGGAGCAUGUUUGGCCACGUCGAAGGCAUCUGGGGUCUGGUGGGCGACACGCUACGUGUCGUCACGGGCGCCAACGACUCCAUGACCAAGAUUUGGGAGCCUCGGUCGGGAAAGUGCGAGCGAAGUUUCACGGGCCACGCGGGACCAGUCACUUGCGUCGGUCUCAGCGACAGCCGCAUGGCCAGUGGCAGCGAAGACGGCGAAGUGCGCAUGUACAGCUUUGAAGGCGAGACUUUGGAAGAACGAGGGACGCCGUCAUGA